AUGGCUGAAACUGCCAUCCCACAUUCGCCAGUUAUUGUGCAUCAUUUGAGCAACUCGCGUUCUCAACGCAUUCUUUGGCUCUUGCCACCUACACAAGAAGAGCUCGAGAUUCCGUACGAGAUUAGGAAAUGGCACCGUACACCAGAGAUAGCGGCCCCUACAGAACUGAGGCAGAUUCAUCCUCUGGGUGGCUCGCCAAUAAUCGAGGACGGUGACUUGGUUCUUGCCGAGUCGGGUGCCAUCAUUGAAUACCCUAUAGCCAAAUACGGAAAUGGUCGUUUCAGCCCUUCCGAGGCAGGAUGGACAGAUAACCUGUACUGGGGUACUCUAAUGCCUUAUCUCGUGAACUUGCUCGCCUUUUCGAUAGUCCCGGACCGUGCGCCGCUCAUCGUUCGUCCCAUCUUGCGAAUGGCGUUCAAUGGUCUUAUUUCUCAAAUGAUCGUGCCAAGGCUAGAAAUAAGCAGCAAGAUGAUUGAAAAGCACCUUGCGAAGAAGGCUGGUCGAUUUUUUUUUGCUGCAGGAGAGAUUAUUAAGCCCACAGACUUUCAGAUGGCGUUUGCACUCGAGAUGUGGUUAGGUGGUGGGCCUGAGCUUUCACCAGUAGGAGAACAUGCGCACAAAUUUGUUGAAACUGUAGCUUAUUAA